AUGAGAGGAAUUGAGAAGUAAGUCGGGGUUUUUUUGACAGGGGAAGUACCCCAAGUGCGACGCUUAUAUUUUCUUUAAAUUUUGCACACACGUCGGGCAUGGACUAAACAUCAAUUCCUGAAAGUUUUAGCUCGCGCUUUGCGGGCGCCGCCGAGAUAUCGAACGAUUUUUGCGGCCGAGAGAGCACGCUAAACGUGAGCGGUCAGAGAGAAAAGCGCUUUUUGGCCAUAACUUUGGCAGUUUCGAGCGGAAAAAUUUGAUUUUUUGCAGAAACAUUAUCCUUUACUUUAGAAAUAGGCAUGAAACUUGUCGUGCCGAAAUUCGGCAAAAAGUCCUAAAUUUUGGCCGACUUUCGAUCUAAAAAUCUCGGUUGUUUCUGCAAAGCGCGAGUUAGGAUUCUCGCAUAUAUCUUAGAAAAAAUUGUUCUAAAUCUGUGCCAAGUUUCAUCAAGAUCUGAGCGUCGCAUUUGGAGUACUUCCUCUGUAAAUUUGAUGUCCAAAACUAUUUUUUUAUUGAGUUUUAGCCAAAACUGUCCAUUUUUUGCUGUUUUUGGGCAUUUCCUUCAUAGUCAUAUCAUUUUCACUCAAUUUGAAAGCUGAAAGACUGUUAAAAAACUAUUGACCCAUUUUUUGGUCAUUUUUUACAUAACACUUGAUUGCAGGGAAGAGCGAAUGAUCUCAUUGGAUGUGUUCGCGCGCACCCAUUACGCUCAAGUCGGGGAGUGGUUGUCGGCGGAGCGCCUGUCAGGGAGUCUGCGUUUCGCGGACAUUGAGCUGAAUGUGAACGGAAGACGGGAUCAUCUUCAUUCGGCUGUGGCAUUGGCUCAUUCCCGGUUCUUCGUGGAGGUAAGGGCUUUGGGUUUUUGUUUUUUUAUUGAUUGAAAUUGAUGAUGAAUGAAUUUGAAAGAGGGCAUAGUGAGCUUUCGGGGGAAAAUUGGGAUUUUAUAGGGUUACUGUAACUUUUUUGGCAUUACUGUAUUUCAAGUUGGGUUACUGUAACUUGGCAUUUUUGAUCUUCUAAGGUGUUCUUGGCGUUUUUAAGACAUUGCUUGAGUUUUUUUUAUUUUGGAGGGUUACGGUAACUUGGAAUGGAUUAUUGUUGACUUUCAUGGGAUUACUGUAACUCAAAUUGAAUUCUUAUAACUUGGAUGGUAAUUUUGGACUUCUCAGACAACCUUGCCUAUUUUGGAAGGGUUUUGAAAAUUUUGGAGGGUUACGGUAGCAGUACGGUAACUUGGAAGAGAUUACUGUAGAUUUCGGCUUUUAUGGGAUUAUUGUAACUUUGAAGGCACUUUUUGGAUUUUUGAGAUACUUAUGGUGUUUAUGAGACAUUACUUGAGUUUCUGAAAGUUGGAAGGGUUACGGUAGCAUUACGGUAGCUUGGAAAAGAUUACUGUAGAUUUCAGGGGAUUACUGUAACUUUGAAGGCAUUUUUGGUGUUCUAAGAUUUUUCUUGGAGCUUAUGAGAUAUUUUCCAUAUUUUUGAAAGUUUCUGAGGAUUACGGUAGCAUUACGGUAGCUUGAAAAAGAUUACUGUAGAUUUCAUGGGAUUACUGUAACUUUGAAGGCAUUUUUGGUGUUCUAAGAUCUUUCUUGGAGCUUAUGAGACAUUUUCCAUAUUUUUGAAAAUUUCGGAGGAUUACGGUAGCAGUACGGCAGCUUGGAAAAGAUUACUGUAGAUUUCAUGGGAUUACUGUAACUUUAAUUAAUUUCUCUACGUUCGAUGUCAUUCUCGAGUUUACGAGUCCAUUUGCAGAGCCUGAAGUCGCUCCGUCCACCGUACGUCAUCAAUUUGCCGGACAACUUCCGAGCCACCGCCGUCUUCAAGGUCAUUGACUGGCUGUAUCAUGGCCGCGCCGACAUCCGAAGAGAAAGUUUGGGCGAAUUCCUCGAGAUCACCACUUAUCUUGGGAUCGACGACCUUCACAAGCGCUUGGAGCGGCAUUUCUUGGAGCUGACGAAGCACGAAAGUCUCCGCGUUGUGUGCCUCAACAUGGCCACGGAUCCGAGGUUUGGGGUAAGAGAUUGAUUUUACAAUGUUUAUCGAGGUAGUAGGAGUAUAUGGGAAUACAUUUUGCGAAGUUUUUUGCCUAGUGUAAUAUAAUUUUUUCGGUCAAAAAAAAACAACAAUUUCACCAUAUUUUUCGCGAUUUCAGAUCUCGACAAGUCAUCAGCUGGCGGCGGACAUUGCGCGCUACCACGACUUGUUGUCCACGGACGAGAUUCGCAUGCUGACGCCGGAGAGUUCGGCCGCCCUGUUGGCCGACCAGACUGUGACCUUCAACGAGAAGCUGGACCUCCUGAAUCUGGUCCUGUUUUGGCUCAAGUUCGACGAGAAACGACCGCAUUUGCGCCGCGUCCUCGGCCACUUGUACGUGCCGAACAUUGGCGCGGAGGAGUGCCAGAAGCUGGCCCGACAUUUGAUCGAUCGGAUGAGCACUAGAAUCGUGCCCAAUUUGAAUGUGUACGGGAAGAAUCGGAACACGGUUGUGGUCUCUACGAACCCACAAAGAUUCUUCAGGAACAGCGCCGCCGUGGUGAGCUGCGCCGACGAGGGAUUGUAGGUUUUUUGGAGGCAUGUCUAGUAUAGUGGCGGACCUGAUCCAGUGGCAAAAAACGUACCAUUUUGCAUCCGGGAAGUAUCAAAAAUGUGGCAAAAUGCUUCCCUCUCCAAGUGAAAAAAUUUCGUUUUGAAGGGCGCACACGUCAAACUGAGAUAAAAGGUCCGCUGAAAGGUUUGCAAUCCGCCAAAAAAGACCCGAAAAAACUUUUAGUCGGGGAAGAAAUGGGGAUUUUUCGGGGCGAGAGAGUACGUUUUUGCGCGUCUUUUUCUCUGACUUCUCUGUGAAAUCAAGACGAAGUGUCAAAAACCGAUAGCGAAGGGUCUAUUCCGGUUACCGGACUCCUCAGUUUGACGUGCAGGGGGGACAUGAUCCAGUGGAAAAAAACGUACCAUUUUGCAUCGGGGAAGUAUCAAAAAUGUGGCAAAAUGCUUCCCUCUCCAAGUGAAAAAACUUCGUUUUGAAGGGCGCGGCAUUUUUCUCAUGUUAUAAAAAGAGUGGGCGCGCUCUUGAAAUCGAAGUUUUUUCACUUGGAGAGGGAAGCAUUUUGCCACAUUUUUGAUACUUUCCAGACGCAAAAUGGUACGUUUUUUGCUAAUGGAUCAGGUCUGUAAGAGUAUCCUUUGUAUUUCAUUUUUGUUACAGGAUUUUGCAUCCGGGAAAUAUCAAAAAACGUAGCGAAAUGCCUCCCUCUUCAGCUAAAAAACCCCGGUUUCGAAGGGCGCUUUUGAAAUCGGAGUUUUUUACUUGGAGAGGGAGGUAUUUUGCCACAUUUUUUGAUACUUCCCCCAAAUUUUUUGAUACUAAUUUUCAGCAAUGACAGCGCCAGUUUUGAGCAGGACAGCUCGCGCUCGGAGGCUGGGGAAAAGGUGCUGGACGAGUCGAUGAUCCGCGAAAUCAACCGUCUCCCCAGCUUCAGUGGCCGCUCGCCCGCGCAUCGUCGCCGUGCGCGCAAAGUCUGCAAAGAUUUGGAUCGGAAUCUGGACGGCUUCGACUUUGGCUCCAGCACCGACGAAGAGCAGGGACUGCGGCUGGGCGUGAACAAACACGGCCAGUUCGUGGGCCAUCCCGGCCAACGGCUGUACCAGAUGGAGUCGGAGAGCCAGAAGUUGGUGAACGCGCGCGGAUUCACGAAGACGGAGCUGGAGGAGUACCAGGAGCUGCCGAGCAGCGCCGAGAUCUUCAAGGAGACCAGCUAUCAGCCGGCCAAGAAGAGGGAGGGCUUCUCGGAUUCCAGCGAUCUGCCAAAUCCGGGUAAGGCGAGCCAUGGUUUGGAGGGGGUUUAGGUCGUUUUUAGGAAGUUUACGACCAUUUUUGGCGGAUUGAAAUUUGAAUUUUCGAUUUCCCGCCAAAUUUGGCAUUGUGUAAUAGGGAGUUUAAACUUCGGCAAAUUAGCCGAAAAUGCUUGUUGAAGUUCCUUGGAGACAUUUUGGGGGGUUUUUUAGAGGUUUGAAAUUUGAAUUUUCGAUUUCCCGCCAACUUUGGCAUUUUGUUUUAUAAGUUAUUAUUGUUUGAAUUUGCUAUUUCCAGAUAAUUUCCGUCGUCCUGCUAGUCCGGCUUCGAUCCCAAGUGACGCUUACAUCGUCCGCCCAACGGCUUCGAAGUCUUCCAGAAGUUCGAGCAAGUUGAGCACCGCAAGAUCGAAGAGUUUGGCCCGGAGAAGGUCCCUGUCUGGAAGUCUGAACGCACAUGUCUUUGAAAAGGAGAUGAACACCGCCAAGGAGCGGUCGUCCAGAACUCCGAAUCAGAAGAGAACGGAGCGCAGUUUUGGAGGCAAAAAGGGACAAGAUGAUAGUUUUGACUUGCGGUGAGUGGAAAAUUUUUUGGGAAAGGAAUGAAAAGGCGACGUAAAAUAGUAAUAUAACUGAUUUAAUUAUGACCUAUGUCCUUCCAAGGGUUCGGAAUUUGGUUUUUACAAAACUUGUUGUUUUCGUGUCGGGACCCGAAUUUUGAUUUUUUUUUUGAUACAGCUAAAAUUUGAGCGAAUAUAACCUUUGUAAGCGACCUUUUCAGUGGUUUUAAACUUUAUUGACAUCAAAAAAUUAAAUUUUACAAAAUUGAUUGUUUUCGUGUCGGGACCCGAAUUUUGAUUUUACUUGGAUUACAGCAAUAAAUUUUAAUCUAGACUAGUAAAUAGCUGGACUUGAAUUUUUUUUUCAUGUCAGUAGUCGAUCUGAGACCAGUUUUGCCCAUUUUUGAGAACUUUUUACUAGCUCAUCAAGUACAAUAUGUUUUUUUCAAUUUUCAGCACUGCCGUCACGUCGACUCCAAAGGAUGGCUCCCAGUCGAGCGGCAGCGCGAAUUACGACAGCUCAAGCUGCAGUUCUUCGAACUGUUCCGAGGCCUCGAGUCCAUCAAAUGAGUCCUCGGUCAGCACCGCCUCCAGUAUUCACUCCGCUUAUUUGGAUCAUGAAUUGUGUGGAACCGGCUCGGAAUACGCUUUCGAUCAGGAGAAGAGCAAAAAGAAUUGA